AUGAGUGGUACUGGACGUUUACCCACUUUGAAGGGUGAUCCAGGUAGUAAGAAGCCCAGUUUAAAAUUCAAACCUAAGGCAGUUUCAAGAAGAACUAAAGAAGAAAGAGAAGCUAGUGAACCUAAGUUAAACCUUGGUAAUGAUGCUGCUAAUAAACAUGAUAAUAAAAAGAAAUUUGGUGCAGGCAGUAAGAGAGCAAAUACUGGAGAUAAUAAGCAAAGACGUAUGGCUAAAUAUUUAAACAAUACACAUGUUAUUUCUAGUGGUCCCUUAGCUGCAGGUAACUUUAUAGGUGGGGAUAAAGGUAGUGAAAGAAGAGGUUUCAUUAGGAUGGAAGGAUCCGGGUCUACUUUAGUGCAGAAGGGUCUUGAAAGCAUUGAAAACGACGCUGGCGAAUCAGAUGAUGAUGAUGGUGAUAACGAUGUAGGCGAUCAAAAAUCCAAGACCAGAUUUAAUAUGGGCAGAGAAUAUGGGUCUCACACAGUCGUAGAAGAAGAGAAAGAAGAAGGCAAUAGUGGGGGAGACAGUGAUAUUGAAAUGGAUGAAGACGCCUUACAAGCUAAGAGAAUUGAACAGUUAUUUCCUGUUAGGCCUGUUCGUAUAAGACAUGAAGAUAUUGAGCAAGUUAAGAAAGAAAUACAGGAAUCUACAAGUGUUCCAACAACCAGAGAAUCUACUCCAGCUAUAGCGAUAAAGGAAGAUCCAGAUACGACUAGUUUACAACAAACCUUACAACAACGAGAAGCUGCAAUUCAAUUGAAAUUAAAAGAUAUGCACUUGGAAAACGAGCUUCACUCGAUUGAUGCAGAAGAAGUUGCAGAAGAGUUAAAAUUACUGACUAUUGAUUAUCAACAAAUAUUAAGUAAGAUAAAGAGACUAGAUAAUAAACCUAAUAGGUUCAUGGUAUUCCAAUUACCAACCACAUUACCGUUAUUUGAGGAUUUAUUGUUACAAAAGCAAGAGGGUUCCGUGGAAGAGAAGGAGAAAAAGAAUAAGAAGGAAAAAGUGGAGAAAGACACGCAUGUGCCACAAGAGGAAUUGACCGGUAGAGUUGGUUCUGUCAGAGUUCAUAAAUCCGGUAAGCUUACAAUGAAAAUUGGUAAUGUAGUAAUGGAUUUAGGAAGAGGUGCUGAGACCACAUUUUUGCAAGAUGUUGUUUCCUUAAAUGAAGCCACAGAUGAAGAGGGGGCAUCUGCGGUAGAGUUAUUGGGUAGAAUUGAUGGUAGAGUUGUAGUUACACCUAGAUUUCCAUAA